AUGCAAAUUAAACCUUCACUUCUCACUGCUCUACUCAUUCUUCCCAUUUUUUGCACGUCAGAAUGGACAAUUGACCUCGAAUAUAGUUUGAAUGGAUUUACCAACAGUUAUCCACUGGGAAAUAUCGAAAUGCGACGCGGUUUCGACGGAAAUUUCACGGGAACUUUUAAACCGAGUCAAGAGCAAAAUUUCGGACAAAAGUUAUCUUCUGCUCAGGAUGAAACAUAUUCCGUCAGAGCGAAGUCUUCUACACAAAAUGGGCAGACUUUUUUGACUACUAGUGAUCCGUGCCUCUUCCUUCACUCGAACCUCUUCCACGUCUUCUGGCUCUCAAUUUCCCAAGAAAAGCAACAAUUACACACGAUUACAGUAUUCCCAGAUACUGUGGCGUGGCGUAACGAUGAAGAGGGCGGGAAAUACGAAUCACUUGGAAAAACGUGUAAAGAACGAAGCUCAUUGGCAUCUGAAUCUCGCGGAACACCGAAAGGAAUCGUCCACGUCGUCGGUGAAUCCACGUUGCCAACUCCAGACACGGCGUCAUUCGUUCAGAAGAUGGAGAGAGAAAAACGGGCGAAACAGCACGGAGCCGAUGCCGAUAAUCGCAGUUUUAUCGCGAAAUAUUGGAUGUACAUCGUUCCCGUCGUCCUCUUCGCCGUCAUCUCAAGUGCAAUGAAUCCGGAAGGCGCCGAAGGCGCGCCAGCUCAAUAA